GUGGAGCUGCGAUGAUGAUGAUGAUGAUGAUGAGUGUGUCGCUGCAGCCGACUGAGAGAGAGGCAGCAGAACUGGGAGGGGAAACGACCAGCAGGCAGCUACAGGCGACAGCGACAACUUUAAAGACUUUGAGGUCUCGUGCAUCAGCAGGUGAAGAUGAGCGACGCGAAUCAGCCCAAAGUUGAACUUUUCGUGAAGGCGGGGAGUGAUGGCCAGAGCAUCGGCAACUGUCCGUUCUCCCAGCGUCUCUUCAUGGUGCUGUGGCUGAAAGGAGUCACCUUCGACGUCACCACAGUGGACAUGAAGAGGAAGCCAGACAUCUUGAAGGAUCUGGCCCCGGGUGCCCAGCCUCCCUUCCUGUUGUACGGCAGCGAGGUGAAAACGGACACCAACAAGAUUGAGGAGUUCCUGGAGGAAAAUCUCUGCCCUCCGAAGUAUCCCCGUCUGGCCGCUCGUAACCCAGAGUCCAACACAGCUGGCAUGGAUGUUUUCUCUAAAUUCUCCGCCUACGUCAAGAACUCAAACCCUCAGACCAAUGAAAAUCUAGAGAAAGGCCUGCUGAAGGCUCUGAAGAAGCUGGACGACUACCUUGGCUCUCCACUUCCUGAUGAGAUCGACGAGAAUAGCGCCGAUGAGGUCACUUCCUCGUCCCGCCCCUUCCUGGACGGCCAGGAGCUUACUCUGGCUGACUGCAACUUGCUGCCUAAGCUCCACAUCGUGAAGGUGGUGUGUUUAAAAUACCGAAACUUCAGCAUCCCUCAGUCUCUGACAAACCUCUGGAGGUACCUGAACGCAGCGUACGCAAGGGAGGAGUUUUCCUCCACCUGCCCAAUCGACAGUGAGAUCCACAUCGCCUACUCCUCUGUAGCUAAAGCUCUCAAGUAGGAGCACAGCAGGAUGCACAAGUUAUGAAAACACACAUUUACUCACCCGCACAUAAACUCUGCAAGCAACUUGAUCGAUCUGUUUUUAAGAGGAUUUAAUUGCAUCUACAUGGUCAUUUUUUGCAACUUUCUGAUCAGUUGUCAUUUGAUCAGAUCAAUGGAUGAGAGCUAUAUAUAUAUUCCUAAAGUGCUCCUAAUGAACGGUCCAGCUCCAAAAAUAGAAAAUCAGAACGUGGUGGCAGAUAUUUCAAUCGUGAUGGCCCGCCACAAAUAAAUGAAUGUGUGGGAAACCCCGCACACGCACCAGAAAAAGUCAGCCAUGGCUCAAUUUAUUUUUCCCGGAUGUUCGCCUCUGUAGAAAUGAUUGAUCAUGUUACUCGCAGACUCACACACACACACACACACACUGUACAUGUUCACACACUUAAAACUACAGCCUUGCUUGUGUACAGUUUCACCAUCAGUAGAUGCACACUGUAAAGUUGUUUCUUGUUCCCUUCUCGAUUAUGUUUUCUACAGUAUAUCUUUGUAUGUUUUUAUGGAGAAUUUAACAGAUUCAAAGCUGCCAACCAGAUCAAACUUUCACUAAUACCUUGCAAGCCUCACACAAGCUGAUAAAAUUCUUAUAUUCAGUCUUGGUAUUAAUGAAGUGGGUUUUUUAUAGGUGACAAACCUGCAUACCAGCGCCAGCUCACCUGCCAAAGUGUCUUUUGCGGUUUGUAGUUACAGAUGCUUCACAUUGACUUUAUUAUUUUGUUACUGAGGGAGCAAGGCCUUUGACAGUUUAGGAGUGCAAAUAUUUUUUUAUAAACAGUUUCUUAUUCUACACCUCAGAGAGGAAGUGGGGUGCUUUUCCUCGGGGCCUGCAGACCGGGUCUCGCUAUAAAGAGGCAGAGCUGAAAACAGUUACACUGACAGGAAACUGUUUCAAUAGACUCGGGCUUCCCCUUUCUGCGCUCCCACAGCAGGCGCAAAGGAUUAUUCAAGAUUACCGAGCUUGUUUGUGAUCCGCUGUCGGGGCCUUUUGCCAAGCAUUUAUUUUGUUUUGCCUGUCAUGUAUGAAGGAUCCUUUUUAGUGUCAAAUGACAGAUUGUAUUGAUACUGUGGAUGAAGAUGUAAGAGCUGGUUUUAACUGCUAAAGUGCUGCACUGGAAGCACUUGUCCUGCAACUUCUGGUAGCUCAGGGCACAUGGCCUGUUCUGUCACAUGGGGAAGUUAAUGUAAACAUGCAGAAUCUUUAAAAAGAAAAUUGCACUUGCAGCUUUAGAUUGCCGUCUAUUAUUAAUUAAAGGAUAAGGCUUGCAAUAUUCAAUGUUUAUCUAUUUGUCAACAAAUCCCAUGAAAAGACCAACCCCCGAGGCACCCCUCAAACCUCCCGCUAGAGCAUCUCUUUAGAUUUAUGCAUGCCCUCUCUAGCCCUGGGUGAAAGAGGGAGAGACAGGGAAGCACCAGUGGGGAGGAAACAGUAAACUGUCAGAGUCACAGGGCUUGUACACACUGUAGAGUGCCAGUGCCAGAAAAGAAACAAAAGGUGUGAAAGUUAGUCAUAAAUUGGGAGAAACAGGGCAGAAUUGUUGCCCUGGGAAGAAACAGGGAGAGAGCAAUGCCUAAGCAAGGUUGAAUAUGGCUUAUGGUCUCUGGAAGACAGCUGGUUAACCUGCUGCAGCAGAGCAGGGUAAGCCAGGUGCCCCCAACCCAUGGGCCAACUCUCAAACCCCUGGUAGAGCACCCCGUCUGACUUAGGUGUAUGUAAUGCAGUCAGCAAGGAGACAAGAUGUCCAUCAGCAACUGCGCCUGACUCAUGAUGGCCCCAUGGCCGACUAUCACGUGUCAAUGGGGAGGGAACUGGCUGUAAUAACUUUUAAAAAAAAGAGAGAGAGAGAGAGAGAGAGAGAGAGAGAGAGAGACAAAAAG